AUGCCAUACGAUGACUUCACAGAAAUGGAAUACCUUAAGACGAUGCUGGUAAACAGGAUAUAUAUUGAAGCACAAAUUCGAGAAAUUCAAGGAAAAAAGCCUGCUCUUGAUGAAGCACAAGGAGUAGGCCUUGAUUCCACAGGAUAUUAUGAUCAAGAAAUUUAUGGUGGCAGUGACAGCAGGUUUGCUGGAUAUGUCACUUCUAUUGCAGCAACUGAAUUGGAAGAUGAUGAUGAUGACUACCCUUCUACAAGUUUGCUUGGCCAGAAGAAGCCAGGGUACCAUGCUCCAGUGGCAUUGCUUAAUGACAUACCACAGUCUACUGAACAGUAUGAUCCUUUUGCAGAACACCGCCCUCAAAAGAUUGCAGAUCGGGAAGAUGAGUACAAAAAGCACAGGCGGAUGAUGAUAAUUUCCCCUGAACGUCUUGAUCCUUUUGCAGAUGGAGGGAAGACACCAGAUCCUAAAAUGAAUGCCAGAACAUACAUGGAUGUUAUGCGUGAACAGCAUUUAACAAAAGAAGAGAGGGAAAUUAGGCAACAACUAGCUGAAAAAGCUAAAGCUGGAGAGCUUAAAGUCGUCAAUGGAGCUGCAUCUCAGCCACCUUCAAAACGCAAACGGCGUUGGGAUCAGACAGCUGAUCAGACUCCUGGUGCUACACCUAAAAAAUUAUCCAGUUGGGAUCAAGCAGAGACUCCUGGACAUACACCAUCUCUGCGAUGGGAUGAAACUCCAGGCCGUGCAAAGGGUAGCGAAACUCCUGGUGCCACCCCAGGAUCAAAAAUAUGGGAUCCGACUCCCAGUCACACACCAGCAGGAGCUGCAACACCCGGGCGGGAUACACCCGGUCAUGCAACACCCGGCCAUGGAGGUGCCACUUCCAGUGCACGUAAAAAUCGGUGGGAUGAAACACCUAAAACAGAAAGAGAUACUCCGGGACAUGGCAGUGGAUGGGCUGAGACACCUCGUACGGAUAGAGGUGGUGACUCAAUUGGUGAGACACCAACCCCAGGAGCAAGUAAAAGAAAGUCACGAUGGGAUGAAACACCUGCUAGCCAGAUGGGUGGCAGCACUCCUGUUCUGACACCUGGCAAAACACCCAUUGGUACACCAGCUAUGAACAUGGCAACUCCUACACCAGGUCACAUCAUGAGCAUGACUCCUGAACAGCUGCAGGCUUGGCGUUGGGAAAGGGAAAUCGAUGAAAGAAACAGACCGCUUUCUGAUGAAGAAUUGGAUGCUAUGUUUCCGGAAGGAUACAAGGUUCUUCCUCCACCAGCUGGUUACGUACCUAUUCGCACUCCAGCUCGUAAGCUUACAGCAACUCCAACACCUUUGGGUGGUAUGACUGGAUUCCACAUGCAGACAGAAGACCGGACUAUGAAGAGUGUUAAUGACCAGCCAUCUGGCAAUCUUCCCUUCCUAAAACCAGAUGAUAUCCAAUACUUUGAUAAGCUGCUGGUCGAUGUUGAUGAAUCAACUCUGAGUCCUGAAGAACAGAAGGAGAGAAAAAUAAUGAAACUACUUCUGAAAAUAAAGAAUGGCACACCUCCCAUGAGAAAGGCUGCGUUGCGACAGAUCACUGAUAAAGCUCGGGAAUUUGGAGCAGGGCCGUUGUUUAAUCAGAUCCUGCCUCUGCUGAUGUCACCAACACUUGAAGAUCAGGAGCGUCACUUGCUUGUCAAAGUCAUCGACAGAAUUCUUUACAAACUGGAUGACUUGGUCCGACCAUACGUACACAAGAUCCUUGUUGUCAUUGAACCACUGCUGAUUGAUGAAGACUACUAUGCUAGAGUGGAAGGCAGAGAAAUUAUUUCAAACUUGGCUAAGGCUGCUGGUUUGGCAACAAUGAUCUCCACAAUGCGACCUGAUAUUGAUAAUAUGGAUGAAUAUGUCCGAAAUACAACAGCUCGAGCCUUUGCUGUGGUUGCCUCUGCUUUGGGCAUUCCUUCUCUGUUGCCCUUCUUGAAAGCUGUCUGUAAAAGCAAAAAAUCCUGGCAGGCGAGGCAUACUGGCAUCAAGAUUGUGCAACAGAUUGCUAUUCUUAUGGGUUGUGCUAUCUUGCCUCAUCUCAGGAGCUUGGUUGAAAUUAUCGAACAUGGUCUGGUGGAUGAGCAGCAGAAAGUCCGCACCAUCAGUGCUUUGGCUAUUGCUGCCUUGGCUGAGGCAGCUACUCCCUACGGUAUUGAGUCGUUUGAUUCUGUUUUGAAGCCUUUAUGGAAGGGUAUACGUCAGCACAGAGGAAAGGGUUUGGCUGCCUUUUUGAAGGCUAUUGGUUACCUCAUUCCACUCAUGGAUGCUGAGUAUGCAAACUAUUAUACCAGAGAAGUCAUGCUAAUCCUUAUCAGAGAGUUCCAGUCUCCUGAUGAAGAGAUGAAAAAAAUUGUGUUGAAGGUCGUAAAGCAGUGUUGUGGUACAGAUGGUGUUGAAGCAAACUACAUUAAAACAGAAAUCUUGCCACCUUUUUUCAAACACUUCUGGCAGCACAGAAUGGCAUUGGACAGAAGAAAUUACAGACAGUUGGUUGAUACAACUGUGGAGCUGGCAAAUAAAGUUGGAGCAGCAGAAAUUAUUUCUAGAAUUGUGGAUGAUCUGAAAGAUGAGGCUGAACAGUACAGAAAAAUGGUCAUGGAAACAAUUGAGAAAAUAAUGGGAAAUCUGGGGGCAGCAGAUAUUGAUCAUAAACUGGAAGAACAACUUAUUGAUGGAAUCUUGUACGCCUUUCAGGAACAGACCACAGAGGAUUCUGUGAUGCUGAAUGGUUUUGGCACAGUGGUUAAUGCUCUAGGCAAAAGAGUUAAACCCUACUUGCCACAAAUCUGUGGUACAGUUUUGUGGCGUUUGAACAACAAAUCGGCUAAAGUUAGGCAGCAGGCUGCUGACCUGAUCUCUCGUACUGCAGUUGUCAUGAAGACUUGUCAAGAGGAAAAGCUGAUGGGACACUUGGGUGUUGUGUUGUAUGAGUACCUGGGUGAAGAAUAUCCUGAAGUACUGGGCAGCAUACUUGGAGCUCUUAAGGCUAUUGUUAAUGUUAUAGGCAUGCACAAGAUGACACCACCCAUCAAAGAUCUGCUGCCACGGCUUACACCUAUUUUGAAGAACAGACACGAGAAAGUACAGGAAAAUUGUAUUGAUCUUGUUGGGCGCAUUGCAGACAGGUAAGCUGACUGGCAGCAAAGUGUUUGA